AUGGAUCCCAAUUACUAUCAGAUCCUCGGCGUUAACAACGAUGCUACUCCCGCUGAGAUCAAAAGCGCAUACCGAAAAGCUGCAUUGAUCAACCACCCCGACAAGAAUGGAGACGCUUCUGGUGCAGACUUCGUCAAGGCAAGUCCUCCCAUCUUCCAACUUGCGCCUUGCUAA